UUCUCCACCAAAGCUUCGAGGUGUCCCCGCAGCGGAUUCAUCCUAUGAGAUAUACAUUCAUCCAUUCGCAGAGCAAGCCCAUCUUCGUCUCGGCAUCGUCUCCAGAGCGUCGGCGAGCGCCACUGCUUCAAUGUCGAAGGCAAUCACGCCCCAAUUCCGAGUUGCAAUUCCGAAAGCUCUUCCGUCGUUGUGGCAUCGAAGAAUUUUCUGUCAUGGGUGCUGUCUCAGCGCCACUGCGCUCCUCCCUGUUGCCCUCCCCUCUGCUUCCCCUGAGGGCCAAAUCCUCUCUUCACCCGAACCUUAUCCACCACCACUUGGCGUUACGCUUCAGCAGGGUGUCGCUGGCCAUCAAUUGCGUGACCCAGCGGGAAAAUGGCUCCAGAGAUGGUAAGACGCCUGCGCCUGCGAGAAUUUCAAGACCCAUUUUGGAUAUCAACGAGAAAGGGGAGAUUUAUAUCAAAGAUGUAGGUGGAGUGCCGGCCGCUGGAGAGGUAGAUUCGAAGCGAAAGGCCAAGACGGAGCCAGCGUCGAGGAUUAGUGUGGGCGUGAAGAAAAGCGGCGCGGUGCCCAAGUACUCCAAAGCGGCGCGUAGGUUUUAUAACGAGACUUACCGGGCUGAGUGCGAGAGGUUGAGUAAGGUGUUGGCGGCUGCCGGAGUUGCAUCCCGGCGGGGUAGUGAAGACAUUAUUUUCGCUGGCCGAGUGAAGGUGAAUGGCAAAGUUUGCACGGUACCGCAGACCCCUGUCAAUCCUCUGAAGGAUACCAUUUUUCUGGACGGCCGGUCCCUGCCAAAGAAGCCACCUCCGAAAUUUUAUUUUGCUCUUAACAAGCCGAAAGGGUACAUAUGCUCAAGUGCAAAGGAUGCUCCUAAACCAGCUUUGUCGCUCUUGGAGGAUUACUGGAAAAUUUGGGAUAAGAAAAAUCCUGGGGUUUCAAGGCCACGACUUUUUACGGUUGGAAGACUUGAUGUUGCCACAUCUGGUCUACUGCUGAUUACAAAUGAUGGUGACUUUGCACAAAGGGUAUCACAUCCAUCAUCAGGGCUGACCAAAGAGUAUAUUGCUACAGUAACCGAGAGGGUCACUAAGCGACAGUUGCAGCUCAUAGCAGGUGGUACUAAGGUGCAGGAUGUUCAUUGUGUACCCACUGAGGUUGAACUAUUGCCUCCUGAACCUGGGGACGCACGAAACAGGAUUCGCAUCGUGGUUUGUGAAGGACGAAAUCGAGAAGUGCGAGAGCUCGUUGCAAAUGCGGGUUUGGAGGUCUUGGCGUUGAAGAGGGUCCGAAUUGGAGGUCUCUCACUUUCUAGAAAGCUUUCGCCCGGCAAGUUUGAAGUCCUCACAGAAACGCAGGUCAACACCGUUUUGAACUUGCAGUAGCAGGAGUAUAAUUGGGGGUGUAGGUUAAUUUGAGACUUGGUAACUUCUGCAGUUAAUCGCAUAUACAGACUGUGAGAGCAGAUAUCUGUAACCUCCACGGGCACCUGCUCUCCUGUAAUUCUCAAUCUCGCCAAGAGAAUCGGGAAAGGUUUUUACCCUUGACAGGUACUACAAUUCAAAGUGGGAUUUUAGCACUUGAUGGUAAAUAUCCUUCAGAGGUUAGGCUGCCAAAAGGAGGAGUUCUUGCUGAAGCGUUCACCUGGAGUUGGUGGAGGAACUCGGCAUUACAGAUGAAGUAGAAGAGAAAGGCACGAAUUUGAGAAAGUGCAGCUCGAAGCUCAGUAUAUUCUAUGGUGCAAUGGAAAACACCUGAUUUUUGUGCCUGGGAACGAUCAGUGAAUCUGCCCUGUCAAACUCUAUUUGAAAAUGUAGGCUGAAAUUUGAGGUAACAGAUGUAGGGCGCCUGGGCUGAGCUUGAGGCCGCGUUGUAGAGGUGGAGGCUUGUAGCAAUAAGUUUCUGUCUCUUUAUUAGGUCCAGUCCCUGGGCCAAAUUUUACCCGUUUCUGCCCAUCUUGGAUUUAUUCUCGCCCUUGUCAGCCAAGGCGUGUAAGUCUUACGAAUCUCCUAGAAAGGUCCAAGAUGGCCAACUCUGGGGCUUUUAUCCCAAUUGCAGACAUGUAGGAAUACUAUUGGGUAUUAGAGCACAAUUAAGGAAGCGUUCACGAGUA